CGACAAACUUUAUUCAAAACGGAAACAGAAGAAUGCGAAGUAACUCAACAGCUGUAUUCUCAUUUGCGGAAGUUAAUCCCAAGUGCUUUUUCUAUGGAUCAUGAUCUACUUAAUGAAUGUCUGAUGAAGAAGUUCGGUCAGCAUCUCAUACGUCAAAAGGACUAAGAUGAGUAAAAGUACUUUUAGGUGCGGAUUACGCACCUCGCAUACAGGAUAUUGCACGAUAUUUUCACCAAGAAAAACAUAUCAGACAGUGAUGUACAAUCCUUUGUAUCUACAUGGGGUUUUGAAAAGACUUUUCAGUUUUUCGACCGCUAUGCCCAGAUGAACAAAGAGUCUUCAGCAGUAGUUUUGUGUAUGAUGAAGUUUCGCUAAUGAUACCUCAUGUGCUAGACUAUGAUUACAUGUAAGAUCAAAGAACGAGGGGCGUAUAUAUUCUAAUGUGUUUGAGGAUAACAUUGAAAAAAAAUUGGAUGUGAAGAAGAUUACUAAAUUUAAUUGAUGGAGCUAACAUGUUAAAAAUUUAAAAUUGAUUACCCAAAAUAAUCUAUCCUACUGCUCAUAGUGGCAAUACCUUAGGAUGGAGGGAUGAAUGGGAAACACAAAGAGAUAUGCAACUCCUUUUUGUUAUUGAUAUUGCUUUUUUUAUUAUUCUUAAACAAAAUAUUUUGCUUCAUUGAGGGUAGUAAGAAGAAAUUUAGUUUUCACCAAUAUCUCAUAAAACCAUAUUAGAAGAUAAAAAAUAAGCAAUGCAUUGUACAUUACUGGGAUUGGAAAGUACAAUUUCUUUCUCAAUAAAUUACUACUUAUAUGUGAAGAAAUCAUGUAUUUUAUGUGAUAGGUUGAAUCUCAAGACUAAGUUAAAUUUCACAACUUGUAUAUGUGUUUGGUAUUAUAAUAGCUUUAGAGUUGACAUGGUUAUUGUUGAAGAUCAUACAAAACGACCAACUUAUACAUGGUUGUUGGUUCAUGCCAUAUAACACAGUUUUUUGGUGUUACUUUUAAACGAAUCGAGCUUCAUCAGAGCUUGACAGUGAAGUGCUAACCCGAGUAUAAGUGGUUAAUAGAUUAUAAUCUAUAUUUGAAUGUAUAAAUUGUGAAAUUAUUGGUGAAUAUGAUAAAUAAGAGUUCCUAUAGAAAACAAAGGAAGAACAACAAAAUUAUUGCGUACAAAAGAAACGUAUUAAAAAUGUAUUAAGAUAAAUGUCCUAAACUUUAUAUGACAUAAAAGUAUCACACUUCUGAAAGUAGUUCAAUAAUAUAAAUUAGUACAUUCAAACAAUAAAAUUAUUGAUGCUCGAGAAAUUAAAAUAAAUCUCGUUGAUAUCUUCUUAAACACACCAUAAUUAUUAAGGAUUAAUAGCAUAAUCUGCCCUUUUGUUAUACAUAUUUCUCAAACGGAUCAAUGCAUGGGCUCAAUCAAAUUGACAACCUAGCCUUAAUCCUCCUUCCCUCCAAUUUCUUUUUCCCGCUCUAUUGUCCAAUUUGUGACAUGUUUUUUUGGCAUGAUUAGGGAGAUAAAAGACAAAGGAAAAAACCCCAAUAAAGUUUUUGUUUGAAGGGUUGUAAACAAGAAAGCCAACGUGGUUCAUCAACGAUCGCAUGACUGCCAACGGGCAUAACGAACGCGCAGCUACAGCCAGAGACGGAGAGUCCUACAUGGAAAUGAGAUUGGUCGUGCCACCAUAAGUACGGAACGACCUGCGAAUCCUUUCCUAGCUAGGAAAAAACCUCCAUGGCAACGGCUGCUGCAAUCACUCCUUCGUCUUCUUCUUCCUCUCGUCUUCGCCAAGCUCUGCCGGUAAAGAACCCUCCACUCUCUCGCAAUUUCCAUCUUCCGCAGUCGUUUUGCGCCCGUCGCCGGCUUCCCUCCAUCACCACCACAAUUCGCGCCGUCGCCGUCAAACAGGACUCAAGAGCGCAGCUUGGUAAGAAUGAGUAUGUUGACCUAUUCGCCUGUCCAGUGUGUUAUGAACCUCUGAUAAGAAAGGGCCCUUCUGGUUUUAACUUGGCAGCAAUCUACCGUUCAGGCUUCAAGUGUACAACAUGCAACAAAACAUAUUCUAGCAAAGACAACUACCUCGAUCUUACAGUUACUGCUGGGAUGAAGACUUACAAUGAAGCCAUGCCGAUAGGGACUGAGCUUUUUCGGAGUCCUCUUAUUUCAUUCUUGUAUGAGCGUGGAUGGCGUCAGAAUUUUAGCCGUAGUGGCUUUCCCGGUCCAGAUGAAGAGUUCAGAAUGGCUCAAGAGUACUUCAAACCAGCAGAAGGCGGCCUUCUAGUCGACGUCAGCUGUGGCAGUGGUUUGUUUUCCAGGAAGUUUGCCAAAUCUGGAACCUACUCUGAAGUUGUUGCACUUGAUUUUUCUGAGAACAUGCUUCGUCAGUGUUAUGAUUUCAUAAAGGCAGAUGGCACUAUCUCAGACGAAAAUCUGGCGCUGGUGAGAGCAGAUGUUUCAAGGCUCCCAUUCGCCUCAGGUUCAGUCGAUGCUGUCCAUGCUGGUGCUGCCUUGCACUGCUGGCCUGCUCCUUCCAAUGCUAUUUCUGAAAUAUGUCGUGUAUUGAGAAGCGGUGGAGUCUUUGUUGGAACUACUUUUCUUCGUUACACUUCAUCAAUGCCAGCAAUAGCACGGCCUCUCAGACAGCAAUUUAUGGCGAGAAGUAAUUACUACAUAGAAGAGGAAAUUGAGGACUUGUGCAUGUCCUGUGGUCUUACAAACUAUACCAAGAAUGUUCAACGAUCCUUCAUCAUGUUCUCAGCUCAGAAGCCCUGAUUCCAGGUUUCGGUCCCUCUCAUACCGUCAUUACCAUUCACUGUAUAGACAUCUCAAAUGAACAAAAGGCUGAAAUAGGCAGAAACCAGCAAGACAUACACAAACAUUGCAACUGUACAAGUAAUCAUUGAUGACAGUCUAUGACUUUGUCACACCAUGUUUCCUUCAAAAUUCUUUUUGACUGUCAUCGACACCCAGCCUUUCUGCAACAAACCAAAUUUCAGGGUGAGAAAUAAAUCAUUCUAAUCAUAUGUCUCCAGAUACCUGUGGGCCUGCUAAUAGGGGUAAGCCAAAGCUUUCAACUAAGAAUCAACUGGAUUGUUCUUCCAUUUCUUUAUCUUUCACACUCUUGUGGCUGAGAUUCAUCAGUGAAAACAACCAUGUUCUGCAAAAUUGAGAUUGCUGCAAAUUCACAUUGGCAAGAGCUCCCCCCUACCCACAUGAUCUGUGGUGAAGCUUUAGUAUAAUAUAAAUGGGGGGAAGGGAAGGCACAUGACCUUAGCCUUAAAAAAGUACCUGCAGAAGGAUACAAUAUACCAUUUUGUUUUUCUGACACACAGCAGAUUGGUGUGGGUAUGGAGAAGUAAAAGGAAAGAGCCCACGUAUGGCCAUGAGUGAAUGAAUGACUAAAAGGGUUUUGGGAUCCCCUCGUGCGGCUCACAAGCUGACUCAUCCCUCUAGCUCCUUGUUUGUUCUCUUCUGUAGGAACCCAUCAAUUGGUUCUUUAGGUUUGUUUUUGUUUAUGGAUCUUUGACUGUUGGCCAAAACGAUGCAGAAGGAGGGAAAAAAUUUACAGUUCAUAAAAGGAGGAAUAUUGGCGAGCCCAAGGCACCACCACCACCACCCUCCUUUCUACUAGUCCUUUGGCUUUAGUUUGGCCAUUGUCCUUCAUAUUUGUGGUUAAAUUUUGGAACUUUGAAAAGUUUUUGAGUGUGGCAGCCUGAAGCUGCUGCAGGUGGAGGCAUUGGAUCCUCUGCACGUGAACUUCCUCUUCAUCUUCUUCAUCCUCAUCCUUUGUUAAAGAAACUGAUCAUUAGUAUGGCGUCUGGUGCAUUUGAUCAGACUCUUAACAUGAUGGAGUUGUAAUCAUUAUAUUUCAUCUACUAUUCGAUCAUAUUAAUAAGUUAGUUGGCUUUGAGGGGAAUCGUUUUAUUAGAGUAUGUGUAGUACGAGCAGUAUUAUCAAUUAUGUUAUACUAUGGGUACUAGUAUAACAUUGGACAGAGUUUAUAUUUUUUAUUAGAGUCGUAGAAGUUAGAUAAUUUCCCUGUUAGUAUUAGGGUUAUUAUAGAAUGUCAGUCUCUGUACUCUAUAUAAACUCAUGUGAUUUCAGUAAUAAUAUACGACAGUUUCCACCGUAUUUUGAUUUCCCAACACGUUUGAACAUUUUUCACACGAUUGAAUGAAUGCUUCUUUGUUUUAAUGAAACAAUCUUUUAGCAAAUAAGAUCAUAUCCGUUACACAACUGAAUAUCCACCAUCGACCUGGUCUCAACCAAAUUUCCAUAACUCAACCACCAAAUUCCAUAACUAAACUCAUACUUAAUACGAGACAAAUAUAAGUAUCGAGAUACU